AUGCAAAUGUCUUCAACGCUAACCACAGAUUACUUCAGAGAGUUGGUCCACACGGAGACCAAACUGAUGAAUGAAUUGUGCCAUAAAUGGACUCAUAUUAUGGACAAGGAGUCGGGCAUUAACGAGGAGGCCAUCGGUCACAUCAGGUCCACGAUCGGCAAAACACAGCUCUUUAUUAACCAGAGAUUCAAACAAUUCAUUGGUUUGGUAGACGACUGCGAACUCAAGAGAGGCCCCAAAGAGACCAAAGUGGAAGACUUGCAGGGCUUCUGGGAUAUGAUCUUCUAUCAGAUCCAAGAUCUGCACCAAUCCUUCCAAUGGCUGAAUCAACUCAAAGACAAUGAUUGGCGCGAACCCGAAGUGAAGCCCGUUGUGAGCAAAAGAGCCGCAAAAGUGGUGCCAAAACCCAACGCAAGCAAACCGAUAGUCAGAUCCAAGAUUAGGGAACAGAUCCUGAAUCUGAAGAACAAAAAGUGCGAACAAACGGUCGAAAAGAACUCGAGUUUCGGCGAAAAGGAGAACCAAAAGCUCGAGAUUUCGGUCAACUCUGAGGCCACGAAGAAGUUGGAGACGAAAGGUAUUGAAAAGCAUUGCGAAAGUAUGGCAAACAGUAAUGUCUUAAAGCGGACACCACUUCGAGUGGCGCUCAAGAAGUGA